GAAAAAGAUGUGCCCUCUGUCUUUUAGGGUUACGGCCGGUGGAGAGGAGCUGGACAGCCCGAGCACAUGCAGCAGCAGCAGCCGCUGGAACCCAGAGAGAGCAUGAGCUCCAAGCCAAAGUCCUUAGAGAUUAUCGGAGCGCCUUUCUCAAAAGGACAGCCUCGAGGAGGGGUAGAGAAAGGCCCUGCAGCACUGAGGAAAGCUGGUCUGCUGGAAAAACUUAAAGAAACAGAGUAUGACGUGAGAGACCACGGGGACCUGGCCUUUGUUGAUGUCCCUAAUGACAGCUCCUUUCAAAUUGUGAAGAACCCACGGUCUGUGGGGAAAGCCAAUGAAGAGCUGGCUGGUGUGGUGGCAGAGGUCCAGAAGAAUGGAAGAGUCAGUGUGGUGCUGGGUGGAGACCACAGUCUGGCAGUUGGAAGCAUCUCUGGCCACGCCAGGGUCCACCCUGACCUAUGUGUCAUUUGGGUGGAUGCUCACACUGACAUCAACACUCCCCUGACAACCAGCUCUGGGAAUCUGCAUGGGCAACCUGUGUCCUUUCUCCUGAAGGAACUGAAAGGAAAGUUCCCAGAUGUACCAGGAUUCUCCUGGGUGACUCCCUGCAUAUCUGCCAAAGACAUCGUGUACAUUGGCUUGCGAGACGUAGACCCUGGGGAACACUAUAUAAUAAAAACUCUGGGAAUUAAGUAUUUCUCCAUGACUGAAGUAGACAAGCUGGGGAUUGGCAAGGUGAUGGAAGAGACCUUCAGCUACCUGCUGGGAAGGAAGAAAAGGCCGAUUCACCUGAGCUUUGAUGUCGACGGGCUGGACCCAGCAUUCACCCCGGCGACCGGCACCCCGGUUCUGGGAGGCCUAUCUUACAGAGAAGGUCUCUACAUCACAGAAGAAAUUUACAAGACAGGGCUCCUUUCAGGACUAGAUAUCAUGGAAGUGAACCCAACUCUUGGGAAGACAGCAGAGGAGGUGAAGAGUACUGUGAACACGGCAGUGGCUUUAACCUUGGCUUGCUUCGGAACUCAACGGGAGGGUAACCAUAAGCCAGGGACUGACUACCUUAAACCACCUAAGUGACUGUGAAUGCGCCACAUGAAAACCAUCUGGGGCAUCACAGCAAAGCAGACAGAACUAAGCAAACGCCUUCUCCUCCCAAGGGCUUGUUCUUUUAGAAAAAAAAAAAAUUUUUUUUCCAGUAAGUAUGUAUCCCAGCAGUUCCUUUCUGGUAUGAAAUUCAGGAUGUGGAAAUCAAAACAGCUAUAAAACUAGGAAACAUGUAUUCCCCAUUUUAGCAUAAGUUAUCCUUAAGAAGUAGUAUCCAAUUAAUUUUCAAUUAAAAAAUGCACCAGCAUUUAAAAUACACGGUGAUGUUAAGUGUCAAUUCACAGUUGGAAGCAAAGGUAUCCAGAGAGGUAGCCUAUAUCCACGCUGUUCAAAAGAUGUAUAAUAAACUCUUUAUAAUAAAAUUCUGUUGUCUGCA